AUGCUGCCAGAACAAACCCCACAAACGCGUCCGGCCGUAAAUUGUUUUGCGGGGCGCAGCAAAAGUCCGCCCUCAACCUUCAGUUUCACGGGGUGGGGUGCCAAUCCCACAAACGCGUCCGAUUUAGUUCUGGAGCAUGUCCAAGUAGAAGGCAAGAGUUGCUGCAAGAACACGACUGGCAGAAACUGCUACAACGUCUGCCGUUUCGGUGGUGGUUCCCGACCAGUCUGCGCAAGUGCUUGUGGUUGUAAAAUCAUAAGCGGCCCAACAUGUCCUAGGGACUAUCCUAAGGUGAAUCUUCUCCAUGAAUCCGCUGAACCAAAUGCGACCGAGUACUGCACAAUUGGAUGCAUGACUUCCGUUUGUGACAACAUGGAAAAUGUUUUCCGUGGCCAAGAGAUGAAAUUCGACAUGGGACUCUGCAACAACGCAUGUGUCGGUUUCUGUAAUGAUGGUGCAGUCAUUCAGUCUGUUGAAGCCUAA